AUGGUUAGCAGAGCUUAUCUCUACUAUAGGCGCCAAAAUCACCUGAACAUUCUGCGGCAGCCUCGAAAAGAAAAGCUGCUUAAUAAGUGCGCUGUCUGCAGGUGCAGCUUCUGCAACUUUUCUCAUGCGCUGCAACAAUUGGCUCGGUGUACGGUCGUCCAAAUGCUCGUCGUUGACCAAGGUCUGAAACCUUUUCUCCGCGGGCAACGACGUUCGGAGCAGAACCUCGCGUUUCACGCUCUCAUAAGUGGAUCCAGGGGGUGGAUCAGUAAUAAUGCCUUUUAUAGUAGGCGUCACCCACUGGAUGCAUCUGCAGACAGCGCACUUAUUAACCAGCUUUUCUUUUCGGGGCUGCCGCAGAAUGCUAAGGCGAUUUUGGCGCCUAUGCGACUUUUCAAUGCGACUGCUACAACGACGAUGAUAUUUAUUGAAGUCCGUAUCUCUGACUUGCCACUGGACCGACUCACUGAAACAACAGUCUCUCUCUCUCUCAACGUCACUCACGCCCAAGUCUCCCCAACUCAGCAAAACUCGCGUUUAUAUAGCAAACCGAAGGUUAUAAGCCAGGUUGUUCACGCGCUUAACACGAGUGUCGCCAUAAGCAAAGUUUAA